AUGAAACCUGCAACGAUAGUAAACAUUACAGGGCAACACGAAAAAAGGAAACCUAGCAGUCGGGAUUUUAUCCAUUUCAUCAAUCUCCGGCGAAAAUGGAGGAACAGAACGACACCGGCGCCGGAGAGAGUAGUUUGUUCGAUGGAUCAGCUCACUGGUGGUGGGCAAUCGGAAGCGGAGUCCAAAUCGGAUGGUGAGUGA